AUGAUCAAUGGAAGCAAAAAGAAAAUUAAAGCCGCUUGGGGAGAUGAUGAUGAAUGUUACUCCGAUGAGGAAAGCAACAACAAUGAAGUUGCUAACUUAUGCCUAAUGGCAUUUGGAGAUGAUGAUGAGAUUUGUAAAAUGGUUCCACCUCUUAUGUUGUUAUGCAAGUAUGGUGAUCGUACCAUUGUGUUCAAGGUUGUGUCAAACUGCACGUUGAAGGAUUUAACUGAUUUCUUAAGUUGUAAAUUGAAGAAGUUUGAUAAUAGUAGUUGCAUACUGUUAUCGCACUGUUUGCCUGGACAUUCGCAAUGCAUGAUUGAUGAUGAUUCUGAUUUUCAGAAUAUGUUGUCGCUUGUUUAUCCCCUUGGUGUUGACCGGGUUGAUGUGACUAUUACUGAAAUGGGUCAAAGAUUUAUUGGAGGUGCAAAGGAUUUUCGGACUGCAUUAUAUAAAUAUGCCAUUGAGAUAGGAUUUGAGUUUGUGUAUGUGAAGAAUGAGAAGUGUCGGGUCACUGCUGUGUGUUCAAUGCGGGAGUCGAAAGCUUGUUUAUGGCGAGUACAUGCAUCUCUGGAAAGUGCUAAUAAUUUUUUCUACAUUAGGACUCUACAUGAUGAGCAUACUUCUGGAGCUGCAGUUCGUACUUCUAAAAACUCAAGGAUGAGUUCAAAUUUGGUUGCAAGUUUGAUUGUUAAUGAAGUUCGUGGGAAUCCCCAAACUCGUCCAAUUGAUGUUGUGCGUCAAUUUACAGAUCAAUACGGUCUCACCAUUACGUACAAUCACGUUUGGUUGGGAGUUGAGAAAGCUAGGACUACUACUUUUGGAGAUUUCUCUAUGUCUUAUGAUGAGAUUCGAUGGUAUAUGGAUAUUGUGAUGAACACAAAUCCUGGUAGCUAUUUGCGUCUUGACUAUAACCAUCAAAGUGGACGGUUCAAGAGGUUUUUUGUUGCAUUUAAUGCUUCCAUUCAAGGGUUUAGGCAUUGUCGUCCUCUAUUGUUUAUCGAUGGAACUUUUCUGAAGGGGAAAUAUAAGGGCACCUUGUUAACAGCUACAGCGAAGGAUGGGGAUCAAGGUUUUUCCCCCCUUGCAAUGGCAAUUGUCGAUACAGAGACUACAGACAGUUGGGAAUGGUUUUUUAUGCAUUUGUCGAAUAUAUUGUUGGAUGAAAAACCAAUUACCUUCAUAUCUGAUCGGAACGCUGGACUUUUGGAGGCUUUACCCAAGGUUUUACCUACUGCUUACCACUAUUUUUGUCUCCAACACUUGAAGGCCAAUUUGAGGGAUAGGUUCUCUGGUCCAAGUUUCAGCAAUACUUUCAGGAGUAGAAUAGUUUUUUUGUUUUCUUUGUGUGCUUACGCUCCGACAGUGGGAUGUUUUAAUCAGUGCUUGAAAGAAUUACAAGAUAAGGGAAAAGGGAUCGUUUGUGGGUUUAUAUCCAAUUUGCCCUAUGACAAGUGGAGUAAUGCAUAUUUUAAAGGACAAAAAUAUGGUGAAAUGCACUCAAAUGUGGCAGAGUCUUUCAAUUCAUGGAUCCGUCAAGCUCGCCAUUUGCCCACUACAAAGAUGAUUGAUUCAAUUAGGUUGAAGAUCAUGGAUUUGAUGUCGAGAAGGAGAGAACAAGCUAAGAAAUGGAAUACUUUUCUUUGUCCGGAGAUGGAUUCAACAUUAGUAAAUGCUCUUAAAAGUGGAAGAACUUGGUUGGUUAGUCGUUCAAGUGAUCAUGUGUUUUAA